AUGUUUUCGAGCGUGGCGAGAAGGCAGAUCGCAGCACGCCAACUGCUUGGGGGAGAGUGCAGCGGCAGCGCUGGGCAUGGCCGGCUGUUCUCGACUACUGUCUCGAGACGGGCUGAUUUCGCACAUGUGGUGAUCGGCGGCGGCGUGGUCGGCCUCGCGGUAUCGCGGGCGCUGGCGCAGCGCAACCCGGCGACGCUCCUGCUGGAGCGCCACGCGCAGCCGGGCCAGGAGACGUCGUCGCGCAACAGCGAGGUGAUCCACGCGGGCAUCUACUACGGCGCCUCGACGCUCAAGACGUCCCUCUGCAUCCGCGGCAAGCAGCUGCUGUACGAGUACUGCGCGGCCAACGCCGUGCCCCACCGCAACACGGGCAAGUUCAUCGUCGCCCAGACCCCCGGGCAGCGCGGGGCCCUGCAGCGCGUCCACGACCACUGCGCCGGGGCGCUGGGCGGUGCGGUCCCCGUGCGCUGGGUCGGGCGGGAGGAGCUCGCGCGCAGGGAGCCGCAUGUUCGUGCCGAGGCGGGGUGCCUCGAGAGCCCGACCACGGGCAUCGUGGAUAGUCAUGGCCUCAUGGUCGCGCUGCUGGGCCACCUCGAGGACGCGGGCGGGACGUUCAGCCCGGGCAGCCACGUCAUUGGGGUCGCGCCCCUGGGACAGAGGGGGGAGGCAGGGUGGGAGGUGACGGUGCGGGACGCGCAGUCGGGCGAGGAGAGCACCAUCUCUGCCGACACGCUCGUCAACGCGGCCGGGCUGGGCGCUUGCGACGUGCACAACAUGGUCGUGCCCCGCGAGCGGCACGUGCGGACCUACUACGCCAAGGGGAACUACUUCUCGUACUCGGCGUCGCACCCCCGCGUCGGCACCCUCGUGUACCCGGCUCCCGAGCCGGGCGCCGGGGGUCUGGGCACGCACCUGACGCUCGACAUGGGCGGGCGCGUGCGGUUCGGCCCGGACGUCGAGUGGGUCGACUCGGCGGAGGACCUGGCCGUCAGCGGGGCGCGCAUGGCCGCCGCCACGGGGGAGAUCAAGAAGUACCUCCCCGGCGUGGAGGUGGGCGCGCUCGCGCCCGACUACGCGGGGAUCCGGCCCAAGCUGGCGGCGCGGCAGGCGGUCAUGGAGGGGAAGGGGUUUAAUGAUUUCGUGAUCCGCCGCGAGGAGGGGUAUGAGGGGUGGGUGAACCUGCUGGGCAUCGAGAGCCCUGGGCUGACGAGCUCGCUUGCUAUUGGGGAGACGGUCGAGGGGCUGCUGUAUAGAUGA